ACUGCGUUUUGGGUGACGUCGACAGGCGACCCGACGAAACCGUCGUGUUGUUUCUCCAUGCAGUGCUUAAUGCGGCGUUGCGGUGUGGUGCCCAGCUGCUGCUAGUCGUAUUGCAUCUGUUUGUAACGGUAAAGGGCGUCCUUUGGGAGCGGAUCGACGUUUUCUUCAUAAAUCUUCAAACUUCAGACAGAUGCCGGCUCCAGCCAGCGCGACUUCGGUGGGCGGCGGCGGCCGCUCGCCCAACAAGGGCAUGUCGCGGCCGGCCGGCGGCGGCGGCACGGUACGUCAGCGCAAGCCGGCGGCCGGCGGCGGCGGCACCGCCAAGCGCACCACCGGCGCCGGCAGCGGCGGUAUGUGGCGCUUCUACACGGACGACUCGCCCGGCAUCAAAGUCGGCCCGGUGCCGGUGCUGGUGAUGAGCCUGCUCUUCAUCGCGUCCGUCUUCAUGCUGCACAUCUGGGGCAAAUACACGCGCGGCUGAGGGCGCGCGCCGCUGAUCAGGGCGGCCGCGCGCGGAGCCGGCCACACCCUAUUUAUUGCUCCGCGACACACAGCUGUUCAUUCCCGGCCGGAGGAUGCCGGCGCCGCCGUUUUUACCGAAUGUCGUUAUGUGUUUGUACUGUAAUGGGGAGCCACGCGCGGACGGGGCACGUGGACACCACGUGUUGUGUAAUAAAACGGACCACGUGGACA